AUGACGACAGAAUCCACAUCUAUGUUUAACGGAGUCGACCUGCACUGUAAGACCAACAACACCGAACACCGCACCAAUGAGAUUUCAGUGGAGAGGCUGAUCGUGAGGCGAGGCCAGCCCUUCAUCUUGACCCUUAAACUGUCGCAAUCUUUCAACCAUGACCUCCACCCACUCACCAUCACUGCAGAAACCGGAGAACACCCUUCAGAGGAACGGGGCACUAAGUCAUCCUUCGGUGUCCCAGACAAUGCGCGGCGUUCAUCAUCAGCAAAGGCGGUGUGGAAGAUGGAGAUUCACAACAGCUCCAUGGGCAACUUGACCCUGAACAUCACCCCCCCGGCUGACACCCCAAUAGGGGAGUACCGACUGACUGUGAAGCACAAAGAUGAUGAAGCGCUGCUGGCAACGCCCGCGGUGCUCUUCAACCCCUGGUGCCCCGAUGACUGGGUGUUUCUGCCCGAUGAGGCGGAGAGACAGGAGUAUGUGAUGAAUGAACGAGGAAUCAUCUACAAAGGAAGUGGAAACUACCUAAUUUCUAUGAACUGGGACUAUGGACAGUUUGAGGACAACAUGGUGGAGAUUUGCCUUAAGAUAUUGGACAAGAACCACAAACACCUGAAGGACCCGGCUGACGAUGUCUCUGCUCGCUGUAACCCCAUCUACGUCGGCCGCGUGGUCAGCGCCAUGAUUAACUCUCAAGAUGACAAUGGUAUCGUGAUGGGACGCUGGUCAAACCAGUUUUGGGGAGGGGUCCCACCCACUCACUGGAGCGGCAGCCACGACAUCCUCCAAAAGUGGUUCAACAGCGGCUGCUACCCGGUCAAGUACGGACAGUGCUGGGUGUUCGCUGGCGUCAUGUGCUCAGUGAUGCGUCUGCUGGGCAUCCCCUGUCGCGUGAUCACCAACUACCAGUCAGCCCAUGACAGCAACAGAAAUCUGACCAUCGACGUCAACCACCCCGACUAUGGGGUCAAUGUGAGACCAGACAAGGACAGCAUCUGGAACUAUCACGUGUGGGUGGAGGCGUGGAUGAGGCGGCCAGAUCUGACAGACGACGGCAAAUAUAACGGCUGGCAAGUUCUGGAUCCAACUCCGCAGGAGAUGAGCGAUGGUGUGUACUGUUGCGGUCCAGCUCCGGUGAAAGCCGUCCUGAACGGAGACACGGACCUCAAAUACGACGUCCCAUUUGUCUUCGCCGAGGUCAACGCAGACUGCAUUGACUGGCUGGUCCGGCGUGAUGGUUCCAAACAGAAAAUCUUCUCUGAUACAAAGAGAGUCGGUCAGAACAUCUCCACCAAGUCUGUCGGCUCCAACAAGAGGAUGAACAUCACUGACUCCUACAAACACAGAGAGGGAACGACGAAGGAGAGAUCUGUGUUUAAAAGCGCUGUGACCAACACGAACGGAGAAUCCCCAGCUGGCAAACUUCCACCGCCAAAAGUGUCCAUGCGGUUUGAUGAGGUGUCCGCGCCAGUGAACGGUCAGGAUGUGAAUCUGAAUCUGGUGCUGAACAGUAAGAGCAAAGUUUCCAGGUUGUUGUCCAUCACCACCUCUGUCCAGGGCAUGACGUACUACGGCUCACCAGUAGGGAGCAUCCAGACUGACGUGAAGCUUGAGACACUGCUGCCUGGGAAAGAUCUGAUCAUCCCCAUCGUGGUCCCAUUCCUAAUCUACAAUAAAUACAUGAAGGACUCUGACAGUAUGAAGUUUUCCGUCAUUGUGACAGACAAAGAGAGGCCAAUCUACUCAUACCUGGCUGAAGAUGAUGUUGUGCUGAUGGACCCUCCCAUCUCCAUCAAAGUUGUCGGUCCGGUCAGAUUGUACCAGGAGAUGACUGUGGAGCUGCUGUUCCUGAACCCGGUCCAGGAGACGCUGAAGGACUGCGUUAUGACUAUCUCUGGAAGUGGCCUGUUGAGAAGGGAGAUUCAGUACAGGAUCCCAAAUCUGCCUCCAAAUCACAGAGUACUGGUCAAGUUGCCCAUUACUCCCUACAAAAUCGGAGAGAGGACUUUUGUGGCCGACUUCGACUGCUCCGUUUUCAGAAAUGCUAAAGGCAGCGCCAGCGUCUACGUCCAAAUGUAA